AUGACCCAGACAACACCAUCAUUUGCCGAUACGGAUAUAACCUCAUACACGACAACAUCAUCCACGGACACGGACACAGUCCCAUCUACAACAGCUGCUCCCGCAGAAACAGAUACAACCUCAUCUUCGGUAUACAGCCUCUCAUUCGAUCGCACCAUUCCCGCAUGCAGCUUUUCAUCAACAGAUAAUAGCCAUACGCUCAUACACAAGAUCAUCAAACCAUGUGGAACCGAAUGCAACGACACAACUAGUACCUCCCCAAUGUCAGAUUUUUCAACCCUCGCCCCUCGCCCCGAUCCCUGCACAACACCCAACAAGACCUGGACGCCAACUCUGGCAGUUUCUGCCACUGCAUAA